UGUAAAUUCGAGGGAAUUUGUAUGACGAUGUGGCCUGAUUUCUUGUUUUUCUGAUUGUGCUAUUUAUUUGCGUUAGACCUACUAGUAUUUCCGACUGCGUCUCAGAGGAUGUGUAACUUUUGUUACUUCCGGAUCCUCGUGAUCGCCCUGACUGUCCCUCUGAGUCGGACGUGAUGUCAUUGUACAAGUAUGCCCCUCUUCAUAAAUCUCUACACUGUAACCUCUGGUGUAUCUCAUCUUCACUCUCUGUUUCCUGACCAGAUAUUGUCAUCUCCUCCUAUAUAUAUUCUUCUGACUUUUCUCUUGGAUCCUUUGCAUAACAAGGCCUAGAAACCUCUGUAGAAUCAGCAUUCUAAUACACCGAAAACUUGUUUCUUUCGUAAUCUAAUACUACAUAACGACAACAGCAAACACAAAACAAAACCGGUAGAGAGACUUGUUGUGUUAAACUUGCCAAGACACGAUUUACAAUUUUAUCAUUUCCAAGUGCGCAGUGGUUCAGCGUUCUCUUCCUCACUGGGGGUGACUUCAGUUCAUACCCGAGAACAAACAUAGGUUAUCCGAAUUGCAAUCGAACGGAGAAAAUUUGAACUUGUAUAUGAUAUAUUGUAACAUUUGAACUAUACAGUCUAAUUGUAUACUCAAGCAACCCUACCAUUCACAAGAGUUAGUGUGGUAGCAACAUGUUGGUCUUGCAAGGAUACUGUGCAUGUGCCAAUUUCAAACGAUGGCUGUGAUUGGUGUAUUAAAUAUGGGAGUAAGAUAAAACCUUACUAACUUGAAUAUGAACCGCAGUCGGCCCGAGAUAUCUCGUUCUAAUUCUCAAAAAAUGUUGACUCUAAAUCUUACAACACAUCCAACAUUACAGACACACCCUGUACAGACAUAUAUUGUACCCUCUAAAUCUUACAACACAAUUUCUCCCUCAAAAAACGUAACAAUGAGUUUGCAUUUCAGCUGGAUUGGUGCAUCGUGACUUACUUUUGGGCUAAAAACAGGUCAAACAGUUUUCCAGUUUUGUUUUUUUUUUUUUUUGGACAUAGGUAAUGCCAUGAAAUGUAGUCACAACCUUCCUAUCAGAGAAAUUCAGAUUCAGUAUGCAUUUCAGCUUAAUUGGUGCACAGUGACCUACUUUAGGGCUAAAAGUAGGUCAAAUAGUUUCCUGGACUUUUUUUCAUCAUGGAUACAGAUAUUGCACUGAACAUUUAGUCUUACACCAUGCCAUGAAAGUCCACAACAAGAAUACUCAAACUCAAAUAUUUUCGCAAUUAGCAAGUCAAUAAUCUCAUAAUUAAAGUAAUCUUAAGGACUAUAUGAUAACUUCCUUCUAGAUUGGCCACCGCGUUAGUACUUUCAAAUAUCUCUAAGAAUUAUGGUGACAAUUUCCCCUCACAUCCACCAUUGUGUCCUUAACUUUUGUCAAUUCAAGUGUUUGUUUUACGUCUCUUCGAGAUUUUUUCUCUCGUAAUGAGACGUCCGGAACUGUUGUGAAUUAACACACACCUGUACGCCCAGGGCCGUAGCAGUGUGGGUUCGUUAACAUGGCAUCGCCUGCAGCGACACUGGAACUCCGUUUUCAAGGUCAUAUCCGAAAGACCCGUGAUUCUCACUCCUGAAGGCCGAGCAUUUGGCGAAGAAGCAAUCACAUCCUAUGCUUACGUAUUAGGUUUGACGCGGCCUUUGCUCGAGCGGAGCACGACCUCUCUAGUCACAUACAAAUUAUGUAUAUAUAUGUAGAAAGAGUUAUUCAUAUACAGUAUAUGAUGAUAAGAGAGAAUGGUACAGUAAAAUGGUGAUAAAUAUGCGAAUUUUGAGAAGAUGUGUUUCGGAAAGCGAUGCACAUUUACCUUACAAGAAACAACGGACUUUGAGUAUUCCAUCAAACUAUAUCCUAGAAACAGAGAUAAAAGACAAACAAAAGGCCAGUCAAAGCGAUACGCCAUCCGAAACAGAGACAACACACCACAAAACAACAAAUCAAAGCGAUAGGCCAUCCGAAACAGAGACAACACACCACAAAACAACAAAUGGAACAGAAGAGACCCCAACAAACGUGCUACUUUACCUGAUAAUGGUUUUAUUGUGCCGUGUCGUUGAAGAAUCUCCAAUUUCUAGAGAAGCAUUUAAAUCAAAGAAAGGUCCAUGUAAAUGUUGUGUGCAGUGUGACAAUUCUAAAGGAAAUGGAAAUCCAAAAAGCGAGAACGAAACGCACACAAAGUCUAAUGACUGCAUUGAUGACGUUAUUUGUGAAAUUUAUGAAAAGUUUCUGCGCUUUAAAAGUUCUUUUCUUAGCUCGAAAUAUCAUAAAGAUUUUAAAUGUUUUGAUGAAUUUGUGCAAACCGAAUUAGAAAUUUUUCUUAAAUUUGCACGGAAAAACUCUCUUAUAAAUGAGAGUAAAUUGCUCCAGAAUUCUCUCUCAGACCUCUAUGGAAAUUGCCUAAGAUUUUCAGACUGUUCGCAACAUACUGAUAUCAAAGCUUUUCCUCUAAUUGAUUGUUCUAGAAAUUUUGAAGAAUACGUUCAGAAAGAAUUGAGCGCAAAUCAAUCUACGAGUCCCAGAAAUUCGUUAUCGUCAACUGGAAAUUCUCAUUCUUUGAACAUGGAAAUGAUACGUAUUGGCACAUACAGCAACUUUCCAGAACCCAGGACUGUUUCUACUCUACGACUUGCCAAAGAAGGCUUUUAUUACAGCGGUGAAAGUGAUAAUGUGACGUGUUUUGCAUGUGGAUUUGAAAAAUGUGGAUGGGAAUCUACUGACGAUCCGCGAGAAAUUCACCGACGGAUGUCACCAAAUUGUUCAUUUUUUAACCCUAGUCAAUCAAAAAAUGUUCCGAUUGGAGCGGCCAGAAAUAAUGAAAUCGAAACAUCAAUUAGUGUACCUUCUAGUCAAUCAACGCAGGAACAAGAAACCGUUUCACAAAAUUCAACAGAAUUGUUAUCAAGCAACGAAAAUAGGCAUUCUGUGUCAUCCUCAACACAUACUGUUUUUUCAUCUAGUCACCAAGCAGAGGAGGAUAGGAAUAAUAUGACUGAGAGACAGGGCAUUAAAGGAUCUCAACAGCGAACAAGAUUAUUGCAAGAGAAGAUUAAUACCUUUUUAAGAAACCUAGAUCCUCUUGGAAUCAGUUUUGAUCGUCCGAAGUACCCUGCAUAUGCGGUAGUGGCGACAAGAAUAAGUUCUUUCAAAGACUGGCCAUCAAGUAUGACACAAACUCCACGUGACCUUGCUCUGGCGGGAUUUUUAUAUGCAGGAUAUGGAGACUACACCCGUUGCUUCUACUGCGGUGGUGGAUUACGUAACUGGGAACGCGAAGACGAUCCCUGGACAGAACACGCCCGAUGGUUUCCGAAGUGCACUUUCCUGAGGCAGAACAAAGGUGACGAAUUUGUGGCUUUGGUGCAGAUCGAACAUCAAGAAGAGGAGGAAUUAGCCGCUAUGGAGUCUACAGAGAACGUACCAUCUCUCGAAAGAAACGAGAACACGUCCACAUCAUUGGGACACACAACCGAUACCGACAUUUACAACUUGUCUUCUGUUCAAAGUGUUUUAGAAAUGGGGUACUCUCGACAGAUAGUGAAGGAAGCUGUUGAUCAGUUGAAAUGUACUAAAAAUAUGAAAGAUAUAUCAGGGGAAGAUUUAAUGGAAGUAAUUUUGUCGGAUGAAGAAAGCAGACCGGGGUUAGACAUUCCUCCUCCGUCUCACAGUCUUCCACGUCAGAUAGGGGGUUAUGCUAGAUCUGAAAUCAACCCCAUCGUGAAUGGGAGGGAUAGAGAUGGGAGUGCUUCAGUUGGAGUUACAUUAAGUGUUCCUUCGACUAAUCUCUCCGACGCACCCUCAGAUGCAUCAGGUGGCAAGGAAACACAAAUCGGAAAUCUAUUUACAGGUGUGGCAGGGUCUUCAACUUCGAAUGGUGAUCUGAAUUCCCUCGACAACACCACGCCGUCUAUCUCACUACAAGACACCCGUUCACUGAUAGAAGAAAAUAGAAAAUUGAAGGAUCUACGACUUUGUAAAAUCUGCCUGGAGAACGACGCCUCUAUCGCCAUGUUGCCUUGUGGUCAUCUCUGUUGUUGUGCAGACUGCGCUCCGGCCAUGAGGAAGUGUCCGAUAUGUCGACAGUUCGUGAAAGGAACUGUCAAGACAUGGCUGGUUUAAUGGCGUGGAAUCAAGAGAUGACGAAAUGUAACCCGUAGAAAAAAUUUCACCAGAUGGCAACAGUUUUGAAGUGCGUAUGUGUAAACCGAUGUCUUGUGUGGGUCACAUUAAAAGCAUGCAUGAAGAAUAAUUCACUCAUCGUAUACCCAACUGUAUGAAUUGGAGUUUCUCUCCAUUCAAGACUCACUGAUACAAAUACAGGAAAUCAAGGAGAGGGAUUCCAUCUUCCAAACGUUCAUUGUGAUGUCAGGAAGCGAGAGUCCAUCUUACAAACGUUCAUUGUGAUGAAUAUGGAACCAAGAAACAACAUUAACAGAGGUAGCAUUCAUAUUACAAUCACCACUGCGGUGGUCUAGAGGUAGAGCGUUCGCCCAGCAUGCGGAAGGUCGGGGUUCGAAUCCCGGCCGCAACAGACCCAAAUCGUUAAAACAGGCAGUGACAGUUCCAUCGCCAAACGCUUGACAUCAGGUGUGAAUGUCACGGGUCCUGGGAGAUGACCUUAAAACGUAUGACCAUUGUCAUAGUAGGUGCGGCACGCUAAAUAACCCUCACUGCACUGGACGUAAGCGACGAGCAUAGGCCUAAAUUUGAAGCCCUUCAUCGGCAAUGGUGACGUCUCCAUAUGAAUGAAAAUUUCUCAAGAGGGACGUUAAACACGAUACAAUCAAUCAAAUUAGAAUCCAGUAUAACCUGAACUAUAUUGUGUGAUAUAGUACAUAUCAGCAGAACAACGCCAUGGUAUGAAAUUAUCAUGACCAUGUACAAGGCAGAAAAAAGCUGAGUAUAAAUGUUAGCAGUUAUGUUUAUUUUGUACAGACCAUUGAUGUGUUCAUUGAUGAUUUACGAAUCAGCGCUGAAAUAUAGCAACAGCUUCCUGCACAUAUACAUUUGAAAACCAAGUACAAAAAGAAGAAUAUCUUAGAUGAUAUGGAGGGAACGUGUCUAGUCUUAUAGCCUGCUGUCCAAUCCUUUCCAUAUUGAAUGAAAUAUUGAUAAAAAUAUUAUAGCAAUAUGUUAGAUGUCUGCGAAUUUGGAAUUUCUGAAAUGAUGGAGUAAUUGAGAAUUUGUACAUGUGAUUCAUCUUAUUUUGAUAUUGUAUGUCAUUAUUUUUUCUUAUAGAUAAUUAUAACUUUAAAUGUUAGCAUAUUUCAUCAUCAAAUAAUGUUUUGUUAGAAUGUUAUUUCGAUAAUCAUCAUUAAUUUUAUUAUCGGAUUUAUUUUUGAUAUGUGGUUGAUAAUACUGAUUUUUCAUGUAUUGUUAUCUUAUUUUUGUUUAUGAUGUUGAUUUUACAUGUAUGGUUAUUUUGUUGUUGAUUUUUAUUUUGUUAACAAUUUAGAGAUUCAUGUUAUGUUCUCAUAAAAUAUUUAUUCAGUUAUAUACAAUUAUAACACAGAUUUGUUUUGAUUUCACUUCAGUCAUGGUCUAUACUUUAUAUUCGAUACUGAAGAAGUGUCUUCGUUUUUAGUCAUAAUAUGCAUUAAUUGUUGAAACAUUACAUAAUUGUUUAUUAAAACAAAUUAAAUUUGAUACCCAGAAAAA